CGGAAUGUAAGACACUAGGAAUGAAGCAAGGAUGGCCAGCCGGAGCUUUCGGGCCGCACGGCUCUCCGACCACUUUACAAGCUCAUAAGGCAGCCCCAAUAAUAGCCCCAUCACGACAGACAACGCGUGCGGCGCGGGGCAGCAUGAAUCAAGGUCUUUGCUUCAGGAUCCCCACGAUCACAAAUUGCGAUAGCGUCGCGGCCGUCGUGUUGCGGGACAGCCGUACUUGCAUAAUGAGGACGCGGAGUGCAGCGGUGCGGGAGCAAUAAUGGCGCCGCUCGUGGUGUAUCUCAUGUCGACGCGCUGCGCGUCGGCCACGCCAUGGAACCACCGGGACCACCUGCGGACGCGCGUCGCGCCGGCGGCGGCGGCCUACGGCGCGCAUUUGGAACAUCCGAUCGUGGCCGUCGUCGACGAGUGUGAUGGUGAGGAGCUGCCGGUCUGCGAGCGGUGCGCGCCGUCGCCGCUCGCGCCCUUGGUAUCGUCGGAGUGUACGAACUGCGACGGCAUCGACGUGAUCGUCGCCAGCUGCCCGGGCGGCAACUCCGGCCGGGGCCCGGGCUGCAAGACGGACGCGGCGAUUGCGCACUUCGCGCGCCGCUUUCCAGCUACAAACCCGGCGUGGCUCGCGUUCUCCGACGACGACAUGCACUAUUUCGUUCCCUGGUUCGCGGCGCUCCUCCGCUUUGUUGAAAAGGCGGGCCAUUCUGCAUCGGUGCCGCUGGCACUCGGGGGCCGGGACCGCAAGUUCAAGACGGAACGAAUCCAGGCGUCGUUCCCCGGGUUGGGGUCGCGCACAAAUCGCGCUCCCUGCCUGCUGACGGGCGCGCCGCGCAUCGUGCUGCCGCUGGUGCUGUCGUCGGCGGGGGCCGAAAAGCUGGCGCCGCUUUGUUUGAACCGAGUUACCGAGAAACAGUGCGGACCGGUGUCUUUGAUGCUCGCGUGGCCCAAUGGACACGGCGUCGCCCUCCUAAGGCGAAGAUUGCGGGUUCGAGUCCCGCCGUGAGUACUCAUGGUCCGCGCGCGCAGGUGCGGCGCGUUCCAUACGACUCACGACACCUGCUUCGGCGUCGUGCUCUGGCGUCUGCAGAUGAGGUACCUCCCGGUCUUCGAGGAGUGCCGGCUCGUGACGAACUGUGUGGAAAUCAACCAGUGAGUUAGGUUACUAACCUCCACGCCAUCGAGCCGCCGCAGUUACGGGGACGACGUCGCGUCGAUGGCGUGGGGCGCCCGAAAUUUGAUUUCCACACAGGUGACGAACGUGCAUCGCAUCGGGGAAACGAUCGGUGACGCCUGGCCGCUGGUCGCCGUCGACCGCGUCCACCGCGGCAGACGGCACCAGCGAGAACGGCAGACGUUUAGCGAGAACGAGAAACAUUUGACCGACCACGACGCCGCGAUCCGCCACGAUGGCUCGUUAGAUCGCCUAUCCGCGUGCGUCAAUGCGACCGCCGCAUCGCUGCUCGGAGACGUGCAGGGCGUCAAGCGCCCCAUCGCGCCCGACGCCGCGCCGAUGACGUUACAAGACUGCGGCGUCUGUCGCGACCUCUCGCCCAGCGAGCUCCAGCGGUUGCAGCACAAGCAGGCUGCCGAGGCGCGGGAUCGCGUCUGCGCGCCGGGGCCGGUGCGGCGCGGCCGGAUCGGCCGUAUCGGGGGAGCGCGCAAACGACGACCCGUAAUGUCGGACCCUCUGUAA